AUGGAAUCUUGUACAGCAAUAAAAAGUUCAGUAUUAAAAACAAAAUCUAGUCGUACAACAUAUCAUAUUCGUAAUUUUUCACUUUCUGAUCGUUUCGAUAUUCAACGUUUAUGUACUGAAGAACGUGUUGAAAUUCUUAUACCAUUAUCACGUGCUUGUUUUCGUAAUCGAUUUACAUUUCUUCUUCUUCUUCUUUGUAUUAUUAUAUCAAUGUUUAUUUUUUCUCGUCUUAUUAUUUCAUUUUUAAUACCACCAGCAUUAAUAACUUCAUUUAUUACUUAUCGUAUUACAAAAUUAAAAUAUAAAAUUAAAGCACCAUUUCAACAUUCAUAUAUUGAAUAUACAGAUAAACUAUCACGUCGACGUAUACUUGUUGCUGUUAUAACAGCUGAAGAUGAUAAUGUUAUGCAUGAACAAGAAAUUAUUGGAUUUAUUUGUUUUUCUUCUCAUCCAUCUGAACGACAAUCAGCAUUGAUAACACAUUUAUUUGUAAAAAAAAAUUAUCGACAUGAAAAAAUUGCACAUAAUCUUUUACAAACAUGUCGUCGAAUUAUAUCUGAAGAAACACAAUAUCAAUCUUUAUAUGUUGUUUGUUCAAGUUAUCAAAAAGAUGGAUAUAAAUUUUUAUUAGAUCAUCAUUUUUUUCUUACAAAUACAUGGACAACAUGCAUUUUUGUACCAGGCAUCACAGACGAACAAAAAAUGUUGACUACAACACGUUUAGCACCUUUAUGA